GGGGGGUUUCCUGAAGCCCAAAAAAACCCUCUGGAUCCGCCACUGCAAUGGGUGUUUCAAAGACCAGGGUAGCUCCAAAGAAUAGUUUUAACAGUCUGAUCAGACAAACAUAAAACAUACUGUAUAACAUGAAAUCUUCGUUGUGUAUAAAUAUUCCUGGCUUUCAUGGUUUUUAUUGAACCACAACAAUAAAUACAACGAAUUUGAAUGACAUAACGUAUGCACUGAUUGUUAAUAGAGGACAUCAACGAACGUUUGUACCACGAAACAAUCUAAAUGACUUCAAACCACAAAGGAAAGCACCCACGAACAUUUCGUGUUAUACAGUAUAACUAUUUACUGUAUCUUCUUCAAUCCUCUAUAUUAUUGGCCUUGACAGUUACACAUUUCUUUUGAUAGAAAGGGGGUAUGAUAUCAGGAAUUUUUAAGAGCAUAACCUUCCAGGUAUUUCAAUUUUGUAACAGAUCAAUAAGAUAUGUACAUAGCAAACAACUGUAUUAGUAAUGCUACUGAUGCCAAACACAAUACAAAAUCUGCAAUGUCAAAUCAGACCUGAAAUUACAGACUUGAAAAUCGGCACUUCAAAACAUCAAAUCCAUGGUUUGACAGUUUGUAUUCAAAUAAUUUAAUAUACAUGGACCUUUUAAGUCCCAAAAAUAAUACAAGCACUUUUCCAGACCCCUUCUAAAUCAUACAACUUCUUAUUUUCAAUGCUGUGCAAAUCGUGUUAUAUUGACUAGCAUAUUAUACAAAAUUUAGUUUCAUGUAGUUACAUGUACAAAUGUAGCUACAUAUACUUGAAACAAACCGGUCACUAUUGCAACCAUCACAUACACCCAUGGUACAUGUAUACUAUAUUCAGGUCUCCAACGUUAACCAUCAUAUACCCCAUGGUACAUGUAUACUAUAUUCAGGUCUCCAACCAUCACAUACACCCAUGGUCCAUGUUUACUAUAUUCAGGUCUCCAACCAUCACAUACCCCCAUAGUACAUGUAUACUAUAUUCAAGUCUCCAACCAUCACAUACCCCCAUGGUACAUGUAUCCUAUAUUCAGGUCUCCAACCAUCACAUACCCCAAUGGUACAUGUAUACUAUAUUCAGGUCUCCAACAAUCACAUACCCCCAUGGUACAUGUAUACUGUAUUCAGGUCUCCAACCAUCACAUACCCCCAUGGUCCAUGUAUACUAUAUUCAGGUCUCCAACAAUCACAUACCCCCAUGGUACAUGUAUACUGUAUUCAGGUCUCCAACCAUCACAUACCCCCAUAGUACAUGUAUACUAUCUUCAGGACUCCAACCAUCACAUACACCCAUGGUCCAUGUUUACUAUAUUCAGGUCUCCAACCAUCACAUACACCCAUGGUCCAUGUUUACUAUAUUCAGGUCUCCAACCAUCACAUACACCCAUGGUACAUGUAUACUAUAUUCAGGUCUACAACCAUCACAUACCCCCAUGGUACAUGUAUCCUAUAUUCAGGUCUCCAACCAUCACAUACCCCCAAGGUACAUGUAUACUAUAUUCAGGUCUCCAACGUUAACCAUCAUAUACCCCAUGGUACAUGUAUACUAUAUUCAUGUCUCCAACCAUCAAAUACACCCAUGGUCCAUGUAUACUAUAUUCAGGGCUCCAACCAUCACAUACACCCAUGGUCCAUGUUUACUAUAUUCAGGUCUCCAACCAUCACAUACACCUAUGGUCCAUGUAUACUAUAUUCAGGUCUCCAACGAUCACAUACCCCCAUGGUACAUGUAUACUAUAUUCGGGUCUCCAACCAUCACAUACCCCCAUAGUACAUGUAUACUAUAUUCAGGUCUCCAACAAUCUCAUACCCCCAUGUGUAUCCUGUGUAAACGAGACCCUGGAUAG